AUGAAGAGGGUUCCCGAGACCAACGCACGACACGCAACGGGGAGGUAUUGCGCGAUGGCCAUAGGACUGCUGCCCGAGGAUAAAGUAGUGGUAUGGUACAGCUCCGCCGAGCAGAGCAUUUCGGAGACCAUGGCUGCUUUCCUGCUGCCAACCGCGGGCCCCGUGGCUGAUACUGCGGCCCGUCUCAGGACGUUGUACUUUGUGGACGCGAUGGACCGCUUCCCGGUGUCGGAAUUCUGCCAGUGUCUGCCCCCGGGCGACAACGACGCGCUUUUCGAAGAUGUGCGGAUUAUGACGGCCCUGGACAUGGAAGAGCUGGCCAACGUCGUGCGCAAGAUCGCGCAGCUGACCCAAAUGGCGCGUUCCGCCCACUCACGAGCACCGCAGACGACACCGGUCCCGCACGUGCUGGUGUUUCUUCGCGGCCUGGACGUGGCCUUCCGCAACACAGCCCUGAAGGACCCGGCGCGUGCGCAUCUGCUGCUCAAAGACACCAUGUUGCGCUUGCGCAUGCUGGCCAACUCCGCGCAGUUUCCGACCACCACAGUUGUCCUCUUCCCAGAGUCCCAGGCCGGUGCUCCUGUCCGCUCGACGGGCUCCUCGGGCCCGCCCUUCAAGAAACAGAGCCUGGGCUCCGUCCACGUGACCUCGCUUCCAGCUUACCUCAGCAAGUUCUAUGCAGAUCGAACCCUGGUACUCGAGUACGCCCAGCCCUCAUGA